AUGACUGAAGGAGUCCAGAAAUCGACAGCCGCGCCGGUCUUGGGCCUUGCUGCGCUUGGUGAGGUUGUCGCAAUCUCGAUUGGCAUCGAUCAAAAGAUCUACCACGUCCACAAGGACCUCAUCUGUCAUCAUUCCGAGUACUUUCGGGCGGCUUACAACGGACGCUGGAAGGAAGCCCAAGAUGGCGUAGCGCUCGACUUUGUUGAGGCAGAAGUGUUCAACCUCUUCGUCCAUUGGAUCUACACUACUGGACUGCCAGGCACUGCGAAAGACUUGGUUCAGAUCGCUAUAGUAAAGAGAGAUGAGUCUAGUAAGAAUGGAGCGUUGGACCAAGAGAGAGAACUCGACAUCAUCCUCCUCAAAGCCUCUAUCUUUGGCGACAGAUUUCUGGCGACUGGAUUUCGCAAGGAUGUGCACAACCUGUUCGUCAACCUGGCCGUCCACGGCCGAGUACACUACGAAUGUAUCAAGUACGCUUUUGACAACUUGGGCGAAGACGUCUUGCUACUCGAGUGCAUUAUCGAUCUACAGUGCAAUUUCUGGGCCCCAGAAGACGAUGAGCCGGAAGAUUCCGAGCAAAAAUUCUUCAUCAGGGUCAUGACCCGCAAUUAUGAGUACAACGGGGGACUCGCCGACAAGGGCAUGAUGACCUGUGACUAUCACCGUCAUGAUUCUGACCAAGAGCGUGAAGUACACAAGAAUCAGAUUUCACUACCCGUCUUCCAUAUCAUGGCUUCCUCACGUGCCGUCUCCCACCAUCCCUACCCCACCCGACACCUCCUGCACAACCCGACUCCAUCCGCUCCGACAUCGACCACCGUUCUCGGCCCGCCCACGCGCGCCGCCGCGCCGCGCCAGCUCAACGCCCUCGCCGCAUAG